AUGACAGACAUCAUAGCCGACCAGGCGCUGCCAGCCCUCACCGUGCCAUCGGAAAAGGAAAAGAAAUAUGACCGCCAACUCAGGCUUUGGGCUGCGAGCGGGCAAGCUGCUCUGGAGUCUGCCAAUAUCUUGCUCGUAAAUUCCGGCACGGGCACUGUAGGUGUUGAAACACUCAAGAAUCUCGUACUUCCAGGAAUUGGAAAUUUCACGAUUGCUGAUGAUGCCGUUGUGAAUGAGGCUGAUCUUGGCGUCAACUUCUUCCUGGACGAGUCCCAUCUCGGCAAGUCCAGGGCCCAGAGCUGUACUGAGCUUCUGCUAGAGCUCAAUCCUGAGGUUCAGGGUGAUUGGUAUCCUAAGACUUCGGAAAAUACGGGCCUCCAGGAUCUUCUCAAAACCUCCAACCCCUUCACCAUCAUCUUGUACACACUUCCCAUGAAACAAGAAGACCUCACCGUACUCGAGUCGUACAGCCGAGAGCACAAGACGCCAGUGAUCGCGAUACACUCUGCGGGUUUCUACUCCUAUUUCAGCACUCGUCUUCCAGGCAUCUACCCCAUCGUCGACACUCAUCCUGACGUUACAGCCAUCACGGACUUGCGGCUAUUGACCCCGUGGGAAGAGCUGGAGGCCUUUGCCGACAGCCUGACGAAAGAUAUUGACAGUCUCGAUAGCCAUGAACACGGCCACCUGCCAUUCGUUGUUAUUCUCCUACACUACCUGAAAGAAUGGAAGUCAUCUCACGACUCUAAGCCCCCGAGCAACUAUAAGGAAAAAGUCGAAUUUCGCAAGACGGUGGCCGCUGCUACGAGAACAGACAACCCUGAAGGAGGUGAGGAAAACUUUGAGGAGGCUGAAGCUGCCGUGUUGAAGACUAUUUCGCCACCGUCACUCCCUUCUGCCGUCAAGGAGGUCUUUGAGUACAAGCAUGCCGACGAGAACGAAGCCACCUCUAGCUUCUGGAUCAUCGCAGGAGCGGUCCGUGACUUUUAUGAGAAGCACGGCUGUUUGCCAGUACCGGGCGGCCUCCCAGACAUGAAGGCCCAAACUAGCGUAUAUGUUGAGCUUCAGAACAUCUACAAGGCCAAGGCCCGCAAAGAUGCGGCCGAGGUGCUUGAAUCGGUCCGUCAGAAAGCCGGUGGCGAGGGCGUCGACGCAGCCGAGGUCGACUUGUUUUGUAAGAAUGCGGCCUUUGUCAAGCUGGUCGUCCCUGCAAGUGGCGGGCCCGAACAACUACGUAGCGUAGCAGGUGAGGAACAUUUCCACGAGGAUUGCCACAGCCGGUGCUCACACAUUGCAUUUACAGCGCAGGAAUUUGCCAACGACGAAAUGGCCAAGGAGGGCGUGGUGCCACUGUCGCUGUUCCCAAUCUAUCUCGCCCUCCAGUCCACGUCACACACACCCACGGCAUCUUCGGAUGAGAUUCUAGACAAGAUCAAGACACUGCUUCCAGACUGGAGCGACAACGAGCGGCUCGCGCAGGCGGCGCAAGAGGUAGCCAGGUCUGGCGGUGGAGAGCUGCACAACGUUUCCGCCGUGACAGGCGGUAUGGUGGCUCAAGAGACGAUCAAAAUCAUCACGAACCAAUACGUACCCAUCGAGAACACCUGCAUAUUCGACGGCAUUGCAAGCCGAUGCCAAAUUCUUCGUCUCUAG